AUGCGCUCCUCUGUCGCUAUCCUUUUGGCGUCCAUAGCAUCGGCUUUUGCCUACGAGGUCACCUCUCCAGGUGAUAGUGAAGGUUGGACAACUGCUGGACCCAACGUCCUGACGUGGGAGCGCGUUGACACCGACCCAUUGAACUUCACGGCGGUGUUGACCAACAACUACGGUGUUAUGAACCCUCAGGUUCUCAACGCACUUGUUGACGGGACUCAGAGCUCAAUCGUCUGCAACGCUCCAAGUGGAGGCUGGCCAACGGGCGCUGGCUUCCGUGUCAACCUUGCUGCAGAUGCUCAACAUCUCGACACCCUGCUUGCUCAGUCCAACCAGUUCGACAUCAACUCGACGUCGACUUCCUCAACAACGGGUUCUACCACAAAAACUUCUUCUACUGCUACUUCUCUUUUCUCCGGCACCACUGGCACAGUUCCGACUACUGCUGUGGCAGCGUCUACCACCAGUUCAGAUACCAGCACUACCCCCACUAGUAGUAGCGCAGCUCUCCUUGGAAUGAAAGUGGAGACAGGUCUCCUGACCGGCGUUGCAGCCUUCGUUGCCUUCAUCACCACUCAUUUCUGA